GGGCCUGAGAUGGGCGGAUGCAGCCGACAGGGCGUCCAAGGCGGGGAACUCGCUGUCUCUGCCCAGGGAGGCCUCCCACAGGGAUGCCAGGAUCAGGAAGGAGCCUCUGGGACAGCCAACAGUGCCCCCACUUCAGACCAACAACCUCCUAGUGAACGAUGGGAGCUGAUCUGCCUGUCGACAGAGAGCGGUGCACUGGGCAUCCACGUGGUGCCCGAUGUGGUGGGGGGUGGUGGUGGCCUGGUGGUGCAGGCGGUGGAAGAGGGGGGCAGGUGGACAGAGAUGGCCGCCUCAAGCGGGGAGACCGCAUCACACAGAUCAACGGGCGCACUCUUAUCGAUCAGCCUUUCCAUGUGGUCCAGGACAUUUUCCGCGAAUCUCUGCGUUCUUCCGAACUACGUCUGCGUGUUGUCAAACCUGGAGGAGGAGAGAGAGAGCGGAUAGAAGGAGGAGCAAGAGACCGAUUAGAAGGUGGAGGUGGAAGAGAGAG